CAGACAUGAAUGAAGGCUUCUGUCAUCGUUGCCCUACUGUUUCUUAUCAAGGGAGCUAGUGCUUCUAGCGUACUGAACUUCACGCCUUACGAUAAAAAUUCUAAGGAUGUUUUCGACAUCAUGGAAAUUUUGAUGCGACAUCGAACACCCGAGAGGUAUAUGCCAGAGUUGUAUUUCCAGAAAUAUGGCAUCAGUCUCAGUUCAAGACUGACCUCUUUCUCUUACAAAGACUGUGGCGAUCCUUCUACAGAAACAGCGAGGUUACUAGAACUGCAAGUAUCUCCUGACCCUAUCCGACUUUCGGGUGUGAUACAAGUCGCUUUCAAAGUUGUAAACCUGCAAAGAGCCGUGUCACCCAUACAGACUGAUGUAACUCUGUGGAAGAAGAUCUGGGGCAUGUGGAUUCAGGUGCCAUGUAUGGGCAACAUUGGAUCAUGUGGCUACAGGGACUUCUGCGAGUUGUUGGUCAAACGUCGUUGUCCAAAAGUUUUCAUUGAAAACAACAUACCCUGCAAGUGUCCCUUCCCAGUGGGAAACUACACACUUCCAAGUACUUCGUUUCACAUCUACGCCGCAGGUGUCCCCAGUGGUGAUUUCCGCAUAAGGGUUGCAUUCGACUCAUCGACUGUUUCUUGCUCCGAAAUAUAUUUUUCAUUAGCCUAAAGCCAAAUUUACAAGAUUCAGCUAAUAACAAUCUAACAGCUUUGAUAUGCGCAUUUAUGAUGUUUCUCUUGAUCUGUGACAACAGAUGUUUAUACGUAGUUACUCGAACGGCUUCGUGUCAGAGUUGUGCACGUAAUUAAAUCAUUUGAGAAUCUC